UGAAGAGAGGGCGAAGGAGUAAUGGGGGGAUGAAUUAACGUGCUCGGCGCUGUGCCACAGGAGUGCCACUCGCCUCCAGGACACCAGGCACUAAACGACAUGGCGGACUCCUCCCCCACGCCCCGCAUCCUCAUGAUCGACCCUUCCUUGGUGUUCCGGCCGGAGGAAGCCAUCAAGAAGUCAGGAUGGCAUUUCAGGAACUUCCCCGAGGAUUCCGACGACCCCCAGCUGAAGAAGGUCAAGGAGACCUACGUCAAGAUGCACACGUACCAGACGCUGGACUACGUAAAGAAGAAGCACGAGCACUGGCGGAAGUUCGACAAGUUCGAGGCGACCAUCCUGGAGGCGCUGCAGAAGCUGAACGCGCUGGUGGACGAGAGCGACCCCGACGUCUCGGUGCCCAACAUCGUGCACGCCUUCCAGACCGCCGAGCGCAUCCGCGCCGCCCCCGACAAGGACUGGCUGCAGCUCACGGGGCUCAUCCACGACCUGGGCAAGGUGAUGGCCUUCUACGGGGAGCCUCAGUUCUCCACCGUCGGCGACACCUUCGUGGUCGGCUGCGAGGUCGGGAAGUCCGUCGUCUACAGGGACACGACCUUCCACGACAACCCCGAUAUGAAGGACCCAAAACUAAAUUCCAAAUACGGGAUUUACGAACCCAACUGCGGCCUCAGCAAUGUGUACAUGUCUUGGGGCCACGACGAGUACAUGUACCACGUCCUCAAGCACAACAAGUCCACUCUGCCUGAAGAAGGACUCUACAUCAUUAGAUUCCACUCCUUCUACCCUUGGCACACGGGAGGCGACUACACCCACCUGUGUGACAACCGCGACCAGGAGAUGCUUCCUUGGAUCAGGGAAUUCAACAAAUUCGACCUGUACACGAAGAAGGAAGCUGAGCCCGACAUGGAAGCUCUGAUGCCUUACUACCAGUCUAUUAUCGACAAGUACUGUCCCGGUACGUUGAAGUGGUAAGGAUCUACUGGGACUUCGAGACAAGAUUCACUGGAACGAUGAGCGAAAGCCUAUUCUAACUCAUAGGCUAAAGUUUACCCAAAGUACAAGAUUAAGGGCUAUUGGAACUACAAGUUAAGGACUACUGGUAGCUACAAAGGGAGGCUUACUGAAACUACAAGAUAAGAUCCAUUUGAAACUAUAAGCUAGUGAUUUCUGUAAGUACAAGCUAAGAUCUACUGAAUCUACAAGCUACAAACAAAGACCCGCUGAAGCUACAAAAUAAAAUCUACAGAAACAAAUGAAGACGCGUUGAAACUACAAAAGAAACUGAAGAUUUACAGAAACGAAUAAAACGGCAAACAACAACUGAAGCGAAACACAAAUGAAAUGUCUCACUUCAUGUCGACAUUAGACUAUUUCAACUCCACACGACCAAUAUGAUAUGACUUAAAUAUGACAAAAUAUGAAUAUAUUUUAUGAAAAUAUAUUCAUAUAUCUUCAUAAAUAUGAAAAAAAUGAAAAAAAGACAAAAGAUAUGACAGGCCUAAGCUGAAAAGGGUGACGUGAUUAGCCUGUUGUACAAGAGACAUAAAUUUCUCUUAUGUUAUAAUCUACAUUUCUAGUAAUAUCUGAUAUUCAGAUAGACUAAGAAAUAUCAUGUAGUGUUUUAAUCCAUUUACUAUUCUGUUAUUCACUGGAAAAGAGGGAAAGGGUCAUUAAUAAUUAAGUUUUUAUUCUGUUCUUAUCAUACUUGGAUCCUAACUGCUGCAUCAUUAGGAAUGCAGCUUAUCUUAAGAAAAUAAAUGUCAUGCAAUCU